CGGUCUUCACCGGAGUGGACAAAGCCCAAACGGGGUGCGUGUGCUCCUCUCAGCAGGCGGCGGCGGCAGCAGCAGCGAGCGAGCGAGCGCCAAAUCGCCGGCGGCCGAGGCGUCUUGAGCCCCCGCCAUCCGGGUUCGUUCAACCAGAGGCCCUCACACACCACCUGCUCGACCGACUUCCAAAGAUAGGGAUGUUCAGGUCCAAGAGCGAGAGGCAUGGCAGCACCGGUGACAGGAUCAGCGCCCUCCCUGACGACCUGCUCCACCACGUCAUGUCCUUCCUGACGCCGUGGGAGAUUGUUCAGACAUGCUUGCUCUCAAGGCGGUGGCGAAAUGUCUGGGUAUCUGCAAGGUGCCUCAGCAUCGACUCGGACCAGUUCAGCACCUUGAGGCAGCUCAAGAAGUUUCUUGACAAUUUGCUUUUGGACCGCGGGUACACAGCGCUCCACACGUUCUGGCUCCGCAUCAACUUUGGCAUAUUUUAUCCCGAUUCUAUAGAUGAUUAUUGUCAAAUCCGUCCGUGGGUCUGCCAUGCCCUUAGGAGCAACGUCCAGGUUUUAGGUAUAGUCCACCAUGGAGAAAUUCUUACCAUUGGAAAUGCCUUCACCUCGUCGUAUCUCAAGAGGUUACACCUACGCAAUUUUGACGUUGAUGACUGGUUUGUCGAGAAGCUGUUUUCUGGAUGCCCUAACUUGGAAGAGUUAGAGCUGAUAUGCUGUUUUGUUAACAUCAUCAAGUUUUCCUCUACCAAACUUCAGAGAUUGACUGUUACCACUACUGAUGAUCGUUCAAUAUCUUGCUUGGGCUUUGAAGAUAUGGUAAUAGAUAUGCCAAAGUUAGUUUCCUUAGACAUAAAGGAGGUUCCUGAUAGAAAUCUGUAUUUCGUGGAUGUGUCAUCGUUGGAAACUGCCUCAGUUUGCAUUGAUGAAUCCUCUUUCGCAAGUUCUCAAGUCGACUGCAAUGUUCUCAGUGCUCUUUCAAACGUCACCAGCUUGAGGUCGCUGUCUCUAACUGUCCGUCACAACGUGGCAAUAAAGGUAUUGGAGAGGGAUGUGCUAAGGUGUGCUACAUUCAACAGCCUGACAAAUCUAUCGCUUGAUGAAGCUAAUGCACAAGUUUUUCUUGUCAGGUUGGUGCUUCUCAGUGUGAUCACCCUGAGCAACAUGCUGUCGUAG